AUGACACCAGUAGAGCUCACCUUCGAUUACCUGAGAUACGGUUUAAUAGCGGAAGAUGCUGGCAAAUGGAACGAAGUUAAGAAGACUAAGUUGCUGAAACUUAAGUUUAGCUUGGCCAAACGGUUUGUUCGUCGCCCUUGGGCCGAUCAUCCUGAUUGUUCCAAUUUCACCAUCAGACGAACUGUGGAGAGAAACUUACCACCGGCAGCUCUAGCUAGUUUCCCUGGUAGUGGAAAUACUUGGGUUCGGGGCCUUAUCGAAGCAGCUUCAGGAAUCUACACGGGAAGCAUUUACAAAGAUGCCAAUCUUUAUCUUCAUGGAUUUUGGGGUGAAUUGGCCGAUUGGGAUGCUGGCGUAACCUGUGUCCAAAAGACACACGAUUCUGGUGCUGGUCAUAUCAAAUCAUUUUCCGGUGGUCGAAGCAUUUUCCUCAAUCGCAAUCCGUAUGAAGCCAUUUUAUCUUUCCAUAAUUUUCUUUACGGUGGCCACACUGGACAUGCACCAUCUUCCAAUUUCCAACGACCGGAAUGGCCGGAUUUCUUGGUAGAUCAAACGAGGCGCUGGCUAGCCACGGCGGUUAACUGGACCCAGUAUUCAACUGAUCUGUUAACUAUUCAUUAUGAGGACCUCAAAGAGAAUCCACGACCGCAUUUGCGACGCAUCUUGCAUUUUCUGCAGCUUCCAAUCGACGAAAGGCGAUUGGACUGUAUUCAGAAGCAUCCGCCUAAGAAAUUCCACCGCAAAAGUAGAACCGAGGGACAACCGGAUCUAGCAAAUAGAGUUUUUCCUGAACGGAUACGGCCCUUAUUGGAUCGAGCCAUCCGAUACGUCGAUUACCUCACGCAAAAGACAGGCAAUGGAGCCAUUCCACUCGACCGCUAUAGCUAUUACAACAAGUCCAGCUGGAAGGGACCAGUGCCGACUAGCGUCGCACAAAAUCAGACGUGGAUGGAAUGGAUCUCGGAUCAAUGGGGUUUCAGAGUCGAGUCCUUUCUGAAAGACCCUUUGACUAACAUGCUUCAAGAAGAAGCUAAAACCAACGUUUUCUAUAGUUGGAAGAUUCCUUUUGAACCCAAGUAUGCUGAAUCAAACGAUCUGGAACACGAUUUCAAUUCAGGCCCACCUGUCUUUAUCCAGCGGAUUCGCCGAGAAAAAUCAUUAACUAAGGUCCCCUAGAAAUUGGUGGGGAUGAUGCGGUUCAAACAGUAUCCGUGUAAUUCUUUUUUGCCUUUUUUAUUUCAACUUUUGUCAUUCUACUCAUUGCGGAUUUUAAUGACGAUGAAAAAUGUGUUGCAUAAAAAUUCAUAUUUUUGUUUCGUGUUGUGAAUAGUCAUCACUUCAUUGUGAAUAAUGAAUUUGCGAGUGGAAAAAAAGGGUUGAACACACAACUGUCGUGUAAAGUCAAAUUUGUUUAAAUGAAAUCUGAACAUGCCCACGGAGAAUGACACUUUGCGUCAUUUUCCCUUGUUUCUGCGUUGAAAAAAAAAUCGCAAAAAAUGAAAAAAUAAGUAAAUGUUCAUUGUUUUGA